AUGACGUCCAGUGCAAGCGAGUGCGUAGCAAUACACACGCGAGUUUUGCGAUUAGCAGGCUUCUUGCGCGGUGAUGGCCCGGCUCACACCCUAUAUCGACGCGGGGUGCUAGCGAUAACAACGUUGUACCUAGUACAAGAAUGCGUAUACGCUUACAAAGUACGCAGCGACUUGGACAAACUAUCGCGCGUUAUGUUCUUGCUCCUCUGUCACGUGACGUCACUCGCUAAGCAGCUGGUGUUCCACUUUGACAGUGAUGCUAUUAAGCGGCUUAUUGAUGCGCUAGAUAACCCGGUGUUUAAAAACGAAGGUGACGCGGCAAUGCAGCUUGUAAAAAAAUGUACCAGACGGGCUUGGCGUGUGGAAGCAGCUUAUUCGGGAUGUGCCGUGCUCACGUGUACUCUGUGGCUUUUGUUUCCCAUACGUCAUCAUACUCAAGGUCUUCAUGUCGAAUUCCCGUUUGCCUCACCGGAAAAUACGGAUGCGUCGCCGAUGUUUGCAGCGGUUUUGCUGUACUCUUACUACGUAACAACGCUGGUUGGGAUAGCCAAUACAACAGUAGAUGCCUUUAUCGCUACAAUUAUCUAUCAAUGUCAAACUCAAUUCCGAAUUUUGAGGAUGGAAUUGGAGAAACUUCCAGACACCGCUCGGACAAUUAGCAACGCUAGAAAAGUAGAUUAUGAGACAGCGCUGACUCAACAAUUGGCACAACGGAUGCAACAUUACCGCCACAUUACAUGGAUGGCUGAUUCAGUCCAGAAGAUAUUCGGAAAAGCUAUUUUGGUUCAGUUUGGUAUUGGAGGAUGGAUUCUAUGUAUGGCGGCUUAUAAACUUGUAAGCUUGAGCGUGCUGAGCAUCGAGUUUGCGUCAAUGGCACUCUUCAUAUCUUGCAUUCUAACGGAGCUUUUUCUAUAUUGCUACUAUGGUACCGAGUUGUCAGUGGAGAGUUCACAUCUGGCUGGUUCGGUUUAUGCGAUGCAGUGGGUCGGAGCGCCAGCGCAAUUUAAGCGCUCGCUUUUGAUCGUAAUGGAGUGUGCACGCCGUCCGCUGCGCCCCACCGCCUCUACGCUUGUUCCGCUCUCGCUUGAUACAUUCCUGAAGAUUCUCAAGUCUUCUUAUACAUUCUAUGCUGUACUUCGGCAGACGAAGUAGUGACACGUCACA